GCCAGUAGAUAGCCGGCGCGUUGCGAGUGGUCGCGUUUUUUCGCCGUGGUUCCGCGCGAUUCGACCUUUUUGAACGAGGGCGCCGCCGCCAUCGCGGUUGUGUUUGGUUCCGGAGAAAAGGGCAACCCUUUCGGAAGCUGACGACUUGAGUCGGUGCGCGAUCCAGAGUGAUUAAUAGCAACGGCAGCAGCAGACACGUUGAUGCCACUCGAGGUGGACGACGGACGGGAUUCGGAAUAAUUUGUUGCUGAUUUUGACCGACACAUCGAGUCACUUGAGCUGGUUCUUGGAGUGUCGGAUGAUCUUCGGAUUGCCUCAUCGCGCCCUAGCAGAACGAAAGCGCGCUCCCCCCCGGAGAGUAUAAAUAAAUCGCGCGCAUAUUUGGGAAAAUUUAGAGAUAUUUUUGGCAUCACCAGACGUGGUUUUUCAGAAAGGGAAUCGCGAGCGGCCGAAUCGAUCCUCUAACCCACCAAGCAUGUUCAAAAUGAACCAGAACUACAUGGUGCUCAUCUGGUACCUGGUGAUAGUGAUCGUCAUGAUCUACCUCUUCAUAUUCUCCCAGUGACGAGACGCGGGCGUCCUGGAGUGCAGCAACUCCACACCUUCGGUAGCAAGUUAGAGUAGGAGACAGCACAAUGUAAUCAAUCACGCACGCGCACGAGAGAGCCGCCGACGACCGACCCGUUGCACCUGCUUCCCGUGUGUCAUCCGCGGAUUCUGGACCGUCACAUUCCCACACAGCGCGUAGCAGCAGUUCACCGAUAAAAGACACAAGCAGCAGCAGCCAGUAGACAACACACGUUCCCAGCAUCACCAAGUCACAGCCAAUCACACGUCGAAACCCUUGUUAGUUUUAGGAGCAGCAGCAGCAGCAGCAUCAACACAUUAGAUGCACGGCGAAAGAUGAAUUAGUUAGUUCGGCAUGGUAGCAGAUAAUGUAGCGUGUAGUAAUUAGCGUUUAAAUUAAAGUCAAAGGCUACGCGACUUUGACGCGUAAGAUCAGAUUCUGCGCGCGGCGCAGGAAAGAAGCAAUUCCAUGCCAACGUUGGCAUAGCUUUGACCACAUCACCGCCCUGCAUCCCGGAGAAGGCGCAGGCCUGGCGGCGUCGUCGGCAUGGACUCGGGCCAGUUUACCGUGCAGGCGCAGUACUCGUUCAAGGGGUCCAACAAUGACGAGCUUUGCUUCAAGAAGGGCGACAUCAUCACACUGACACAGCGCGAGGAUGGCGGCUGGUGGGAGGGAACGCUCGGCGAAAUGACCGGCUGGUUCCCGAGCAACUACGUCAAGGAGUAUGUCGGACCCCUUCCCCUGUCAGAGACCAUCCGUCCACCGGAGGACAUCCAGGCCUUCCGGUCGGUCGUCUUCCGCGAUUUGCUCGAGAGUGAGCGGGCUCACGUGGCCGAGCUGCGAGGGAUGAUGGAGAACUUCCUGGAGCCGCUGGAGGGUAGUCAGAUUCUCUCGCAGGACGAGUAUACGCAGCUGAUGUGUAACUUUGUCGAGGUGGUCGAGAUGCACGAGGAGUUUUUGCAGAACCUGGAGGAGUCGAACGAUCGCGUCGGGAAGGUGUUCCUCACGAAAGCACCCACCAUGAAGAAGGUUCACCAGUGCUACUGCGCGGCGCAUCCGCGUGCCGUCGUCAUAGUUGAUAAGUACCGCGAUGAUUUAAAUGCCUUUAUGGAGAAGCAGGGCGCUGCCAAGCCUGGUCUGCUCGUGCUCACCACCGGUCUGUCGAAGCCGUUUCGCCGGUUGGACAAGUAUUCGGCGAUCCUGCAAGAGUUGGAGCGUCACAUGGAGAGUUGUCACGCGGAUCGCGGUGACACCCAGCGAUCGAUAGCCGUAUACAAGGACAUUGCUUCGUCGUGUUCUGCGACGCGGCGUCAAAAGGAGUUGGAGCUGCAGAUCCUGACCGGUCCCAUUCGGGGCUGGCAGGGCCAGGAGUUGACAACGCUCGGGGAGAUCAUCCACAUGGGCAGCGUGGCGGUCGGUCCCGAGCACAAGGAUCGCUACUUUGUGCUGUUUCCCCAGACGCUGCUGAUUCUGAGCGUGAGUCAACGGAUGAGUGCGUUCAAGUACGAAGGCAAGCUUCCGCUCACGGGGAUCAGUGUGAACCGGCUGGAGGACACGGACCAGAUCAAGAACGCGUUCGAAGUGACGGGUACGCUGAUUGAUCGGAUUGUGGCCGUUUGUCAGGGGCCGAGCGAAGCGAACAAGUGGGUUGACCUGCUCAGUGCAAAGUUGAUCGCUGAUGGACAGCAGCAGCAGCAGCCAGGCAAGGACAUGAAACGGAUCGUGAGCAGCUCCGCGGUCAACAUUCCGCUGCCUCCGCCACAUCAGUGUAAAGAAACGCUCGACCCGCGCGGGUACUGCACGCGUGUCUCCGUAUGUGCAUACAGUCAGAGUCCGGGCCGGACGACGUUUCCGCCCUCGUCCUACCCGCCAACGGCUCCGUACGCCGCGCUGACCUCCUUCUUCCGGCGGCUGCUCCGUUCGGGCGGCAUGUCCCGGUACAUCGUGCAAGCGCUGCUCUACCCGCAGAUUACGGCACGCAUCGAUACGGGUGCGGUGGUGUUGCGCCGGAAGCACCGGACCACGGUGCGGAUGUACAGGAGGGGGGAAGAGCAACAGCAACAGCGGAAUCAGCAGCAACUUGACGGAGACUCGGAUGAGUAUGAGGAGGAGGAGGCGGGGUCGUGUACGUCGUCGUGUUCGGCCGGAUCGAAUGGGAACAAUUUGGAACGGCAGAACGCGGUAGAUUACGGGGACGACGAGGAUCCGUACGAAACGAUUACGUUCUUUACCGAGGGGAGGAAGCAGGAGAGUGAUGAGGUUGCGGCCGCCGCGAGAGAGAGUACGAUUUACGAGAGCUAUGGCGGGCAUCCGGAUGAAGCGGAUGAGGCGUUCUUCUACGUGCCAGGAAAACCGGCCAGUGGCAACGUUGGCAGCGAGGAGAGAAAGAGUGUCGAGAGUCACGGAUCGCACAUAAUCGGGUCGCGAGCGAUUCCUUGUCUAAAGUUGAACGACUGUGAGUCCUUUGGGAGCAACGGCGGGGUGCGGGGUGACGGGGACGCCGUAGGUUCGAUCCAUACGACCACGGCCCGGUUGCACCUCGGGGAGAUCCGGCAGCAGUGUUCCGAGCAGUCUCAAGUAUCUAGCUUUGAGCAUAGAGUAGGCCACGGCCGUAUGGCGUGUGAAGACUUAGUCAACUUAGAUGAUUCCAUGAAGAUCAAACAUUCGCUUCAACAGAAACCGAUAAUCGAAGAACGGCACAGCAUGCCGACCCUGUUUGUGGGGAACCGGUUCGCGAGCUCGUCGGUAACCGAGAUUUUUAUUCCGUCGUGGAAGGAUCGCCAGGAUCCGCCUCCGCCUCCGCCGCCGUCCAAGCCCACAGAAGAUCGCUCCAGCUUCACGACGCAUCAUUCCAGCACGCUCGAUAUUCCCGCGCCCGAAGCCCCACUGCUGUCCGUGCCGGAUCACGUGACCGCGGAACUGCUGUACAACUUCCACAACAGCCACCACAGUCCGUCGCCGUCCGUCGUGCGUUCGCCCGUUACCUCCUGGUGCAAGAUCCUCACGCCGCCGCAGGAGUUCGGCACCUUGUCCCGCGAGAUGUCACCAUUCCGUAAGCAUUCACUAAAUUCUGAUAAAAAACUUGUGCUAAAUCAAACUCAUCUCAGAAAGGGAAAGGAUGAUGAGGAGGCGCGAUCGGCGACGACCACGACUUCGGCGACAUCGCCGCGAAGGUGCGUGAGCUACCAGUACGUAAACAUGGGCGGCAGCAACGCUGCCAACACUAGCGCAAGUAACGCUUCCGGGCGGCAGAACAAGAACAACUCCCCCGAACAAACCCACGCCAAGUGUCGCUUCUGCGAUAGCAGUUGCAGUGCAGGCGGCUCCCGUUGCCACAGUCCGCGCUCGAGCGAUUCAGGUAUGGCCGGCAGUUGUUCGAUAUCCACACCCGAUCCGCCUAAAUUAUCCGGGGAUUUUCUUCUUUAUGAUUCAGAGCACGGAACAGACGCGGCCGGCGGCGGCCAACGUAGCCAAUUACGGCACUCGCGCUCCAGUCACAAUAUCGGCCGGUUCGCGCCGCUGCUCCGCGACGACAGCGAGUUUAACUUUACCGACAGUGGUCAGUACGACCACCACCAGCAUCACGGCGCGUUGGCACAGGCCACCACCACCGGAAGUGGCGAUCCGAACCAGACCCGGAACAAUACUCUGCGAAGCGAGGAUUCCGAGCUGGGCGGGGGGAUGAUGAAGUUUGCGCGAAGUCGCAGCGAGGAGCGCGUCAGUGACGACGACGAAGUCGUCGAAGAAAAGAAGCAGUACAGUGGCCGGAGUAGAAUUGUGGUCAAUCUUACCGGAAGCGGACUGGAAAACGGCGCGAACGAGCACAAAUCGCAGACGACGAUCUACCGCACCGGACUGUAUGCACAUUGGUGGAAGAAGGAAAAGUUGCCCAUCUUUGUGGUCGGAGCGACGACGCGGCAGGGCGCGGCGGAAGAGCGAAGAAACGAGCUUCCUGGGGGUAGUUGUGGUGGUUCCGGUGACCAUUUCGUUGAUGGCGGUGGUGGUGGUGAUGGUCGGGACGCCGUCGUUGACGUCGCACGGGGUUCAGAUGUCCCCGCCCACGUCCGGCGGCAGCAGCACCGGCAACAGCCACCCGUCACGGGGCAGCGGCUCCAUCACACAGCACAUGUCGCAACACAAACGCAGCCAGUCGUUCAACCACCACCUGAGCUACAACCAAGUCCAGCAGCAACAGCAGCAGCAGCACCAGUCCCAAAAACUCCUACUGUCCAAUUUCGCUGCGAGCCGGAUCAGCACCGAGUCGGGAAACCCGCCACCAAGCCUAAAAGGAAUCAAGGAAAAAGCUAAUUGGAACAUCACCAACCUCCGACCGGCACCUCCCCUGCGACCCGCGCUCCUCAACGGAACCAACUCAUCGGGCUCGGGAACGGGUUCGACCGGCGGCGGUGGAGGCGCUAGCAUUGUUGGCGGUGGUGGUGGAAGCAUU